AAAACACCACAACAGUCGUCAUGAUCUGAACGAAGUCUGCUAAACUCAAAAUGGGAGAUGAUAUCCUGGAGGAAAGAACCUUAGAGGUGCUCAACGUUCCUGCAUCAAUCGAUGACGAUUUGUUAUCACUGUACUUUGAGAACAAACGGUCCGGGGGAGGUCCUCUCACGUCUGUGGACAGACAGGGAGGAAAGGCCACAGUAGUAUUUCAAAAUGCUAAUGAUGCUGCAAGAGUUUUCUCCAAAGCCUCCCACAUCCUUAGUGGGACCACCUUGAAAGUUCAACGUAAAGCCCCCAGCGAUCCUCAAAGGUUCCUACUGCGUGGCUUAGACCCUCGUACCAACACAGAGCUGGUGGAACUCUACGUGGAGAAUGUCGUUGGAGUCGAGACUGACGAAUACAAGCUCUUUCCGUCACCAGGGAAGAACUUGGUCGUAAUCCAGUUUCUCCAACCCUUCUCAGAAGAUUUUCAGAGCGUCUGUGCCAAAGUCUCUAAGAGACCUCUGGAGGGAGCCAAGCUCUGCCUAGAGAGGCUGGAACGCACUGACUCCAUCUUGGUGGAGAACCUGCACCCAAGCACCUCAGAGGAAAUGCUGAACUUGUAUUUUGAGAGCAGUCGUGGUGGAGGUGAGGAGGUGACCAAUGUCGAAAUGGUGGCAGAGGGCGUCGCCAGAGUCUCCUUCAAGGACUUUGAAUCGGUGGACAAAGUUGUAACAAAGACGCACAUGUUGGACAAUUCAACAUGGAUUGUGAAGCCUUAUUUCACAGUUCUUCUGCCAGAGAACAUUGUCCUAUCUAACGGAACCUCUAAUUCUGUUCCCAUGGAGAUCGAUCCAUCGCCGGUUACCAUAGUGCCCCCUAGACACCCAGUGAGCCCAGGUGCACAAGCGACUCCUCUGGUUGUUGCCAAUGCACAGUUCACUCAGCAGCAGACGAUCCCAGCCAGCCUGGCCAGCAGAUCCCCAACCACACCAGAACCUCCCAGUCCCAGCAAGGCCCAAGGAGUAAGCCCUGGAAGCAAAGCAGCAGCACCAGCUCCAACAGCAGCAAUGUCCCCUGCAGCAGCAGCAGCAGCAGCCAGCACCAAACCCAAGCCAGCUCCAAGGCUGAGCGCUGGGCCUGUGAGCAGCAGCAUCGCUGUCUCUGACCCAGUCAAACUGUCUCUUUUGGAGAAGAGCUGUAGGCUGGAGGAGCUCCAAACAGCGCACUCCAGCUCUAAACUGAGCAUCACUAAAGAUGGAGUGUCGAUAUCUGCGCCUGACCAGCUCGGCGUGGACAAGCUCAAGAGCGCAGUCUUGGAGUUUCUAGGCGGCAUUGCUCAGUGUCCUUUGCCCCUCGAGCCGCACAAGGCAGAUUUUUUGGCUAGAGAGGAUGUCAAAGCCAGGCUCCUUCAGACACUGAAAGAUCAGAGACUGCUGUCGACUUACACUGUGACGGACGGCGUGGUGUCUGUAACAUCCCUAUCAUUAAGUAUGGCCAACGGGUCUUGCCAGUUGAUCAAGUCUCUGAUCUCCGAAUUCAGUAUACCAGUACAGAGAGACUAUGAAUGCAACCUCUACUGCCAAGAAUGGUCCACCUUCCUCCAGACCCUCAGCUUCUGUUCAGCCAGAGUGGCAGACGGAGGGGCGAAAAUCACUGUGACAAUCCUGAAAGGCAUGGAGGAUGAGGCACAAACCAAAAUCAUCCAGUUCCUUAGCACACCUAUCCAAAGGGAGACGGUGAUCUCCAUGGAGCCAGGCAGGCUGAAGUAUUUGCAGAUCCACUGUGAGCAGCUUCUGGCUGAUAUGGACCAGGUCACCUUGUUCCCUUUGGAAACAGGAGAUGGAUUAACUAUCAGUGGUAAGGCAGGAGAGUGCCAGAUGGCCGAGGAGGUUCUGCGUGCCGUGGUGGAAUCCAUCUGUACCAAAACCAUCACGGUGCGCCAGCCCGGUGUGGCCCGCUUCCUGGUGGAGCACGAGGGCUCCAGCAUCCUGGCGGAGCUGCAGGCCAAGUUCCAGGUGUACGUCAGCAUGGACAAGGUCCACUGGGAGCCACUGGAGGAGGAGGACAUCUUCGCGUCUGGUUGGAAAAUCAUGGCCCAGGAAAACUUCCAGAGAAAUGGUGAUGCUUCGGCUUCCAGUUCUACACCAAAAGCUCUUGUUGCUGAUCAAGGAAUGGAUAGAUCUCGCAUAGAAGAGGCAAAGCAGCUUUUGUCUGCCAUUGAUGUCAGUCCAUCUGACGGACGUACUAGCCUAACCUCGCAACACAUGUCGUCUGAAGAGGAUCUAUACACAGCCAGUGGAGGAGCAGCCAGUGAUGGCACAGAUGCUUCAGCCAUGCAGACUGAGGCGAGCCCACAGGCCAGUCCUCUGACUGGGCCCGAACCGUCGCCUCUGGUGCCCCAGGACGCUGAGCUGGGCCUGGCCACGCAGAUGUCCCUGGAAGCCAUGGACGCCUCCAACCUGGACGAGAACGCGCGGAUGUCCCUCGCCAUCCAGUACUCCAUGGAGAGCAGCGCCAAGAGGUCUGCUCCAGAGGACGACGAAGAGGACGAGCUGCAGAAAGUUCUCGAGCUCUCCCUGCGGGACUUUUCCGCCGCUGGUGCCGUUGGCCCAGCCAGCGAGGAGUCUCAGCUGAAACAGGCCAUGGAGCUGUCCCUGCAGGAUGCCAUACGGGCCGCUAACGUGGCAGAGAUCUUUGUGUUCGCCACUUACACCCACGACCUGAUCCGCACCGACAUUGCCCUGGGGAAGAAGGUAGGCCUGAGGCAGUGCGAGGAGAAGGUGGAGAGCAGGAACCUGAAGAACAUGACCGCCCACCACCAGAGGUGCCUGGACCUCAUCAGGAGGAAGCACGCCGUGGACAUCCGCGUGGAAGGAACCUCGGCGAUCAUCUCCGGUUUCAAGGAUUUUGUCGCCGAAGCCGUGCCAACUGUGAGGGACUUUGUGAAGAGGAUGUGCAACGUGACGUCAGACGCAGAGAUCCUGAAGACGGUGCAGUGGGUGUGGCACGAACCAGGGUUGGUGGCAGCAGCUACCCCCUAUCCUCCCGAGGCCAUUGUUUACCUAGAAAAUGCUUGGAAGAUGAGACAGAGGAAAAUUGAUAUUCUGCUUGACCAUCAGCCUCACGUCAUUGACUUUGAGAAGAUGCAGGAGAUAAAUGUGGCGUCCGGGAAAUCCCUGACCGUUGCCAGGCAGUUACUCAGCUCGGCAGACCUCGCUGUGGUUGUUCCCGAGGAAGAGUUCAGCCUCUUGUCCAGCCUGCCCGAUGUGGCCCGGGUGGACGAGAGCUCGGACGAGUUCCAGGACGUGGUGAGAGAGUUCUAUGAAAGCAUCCAGGAAUUCCACAACAAAAUCAAGAUCAUUAAAGUGGAGAAGCUGAUGAACUCACUGCUGUACAACCAGUACAAGCUGAAGAAAGCCAGCAUGCUGCAGACCUCCACGGACCCUCAGGUGGAGCGCACACUCUUCCAUGGCACCAGUGAGAUCAGCGUGAAGGAGAUCUGUGUCCACGGCUUCAACAGAAGCUUCUGCGGGAAAAACGCUACUGUGUAUGGACAGGGGGUCUACUUUGCCGUUAACUCUGCACUGUCUGUCUCGGACACAUACUCUCCUCCCAAUGCUGAUGGACACAAGUUCAUAUUUAUGGCAAAAGUCCUGACAGGAGAGUACACUGUGGGGAAACAUGAAAUGAAAACUGCACCACUGAAGGAGAGCUCAGCCAUUCCCCUGAGAUAUGAUAGUGUGGCUGAUAAAUCCACGUCACCAACACUGUUUGUCAUCUUUAAUGAUACACAGGCAUACCCAGAGUAUCUUGUCACAUGCCAGAAGAUUUAUCGGUGAACAGACCAUUGUGAAAUGCAACUGAUGCCUGUGAGGUGUAUAUAGAAAGGGCUUUGCUCUUCCUUUUUUUUUUGACAUUUAACAUAUGAUUUUGUUUAUUUUAAUUUAAUGGUUAAAUAAACAUCAGCAAUGUAGAAUGUAAUUUGCAUUCAUGAUAACUGACUGCAAACCAGAUGCGCUCUUGAAGUAAUCACUCAUCAUCAGCCCAUGUACAUGUACUCUACUGAUCACUCCUCCUGCACUCUUUUUUGGACAGUCUCACUGUGUUGUUCAAACACAAACUUUAAUUGCAUAAAGCAUAUAUGAUGAUGAAUGCAGAUUAAGAUAAUCAGAGCUGUUAUAGGGGUUUACAUUAAAUGUAAUUGCAUAGCAUCAUGUCUUAAAUAUUUUAUAUUUCAUUUGUUCGUCAAAAUGAUGCUGCUGCUGUCUGAAAUAAAACCCAUGAA